AUGAUCAAGAAAGUUAGUGCUGCCUGCAGGUACUUGUUUCCCAGUUCUGAACCCCAUAAGAGGAUAUGGAAGAAGGGUUGUUGUUGUAGGGCUGAUAUGAAGAUGUGGAACGUGAUCCUGAAUGGUUGGUGUGUUUUGGGGAACUCGCAUAAGGCAAAGAGGGUGUGGAGAGACAUAGUGGCUUCUCCAUGCAAGCCUGAUAUAUUUACCUAUGCCACCUUCAUCAAGGCAUUGACCAAGGGUGGUAAACCGGAUGUUGUGAUAUGCAACUGCAUCAUUGAUGCUCUUUGUUUCAAGAAGAGGAUUCCUGAGGCCUUGAAGAUUUUCUGUGACAUGAGUGAGCGAGGUUGUGAACCGAAUGUUGCUACUUACAAUUUGCUUAUUAAGUACAUGUGCAACAUACAACGGAUGGAGAAGGUUUAUGAGCUGGUGGAUGAGAUGGAGAGGAAGAAGGGGAGUUGCUUGCCUAAUGCUGUUACUUAUUGUUACUUGCUCAAGAGCUUGAAGGAGUCGGGGAAGGUUUGCAGGGUUUUGGAGAGGAUGGAGAGAAAUGGAUGUGGCAUGAAUGGUGAUGUUUAUAACAUGGUGUUGAGCUUGUACAUGAAAUGGGAUGAUGGGGAUGGAGUGAGAAAAACAUGGGAAGAAAUGGAGAGGAAUGGAUGGGGACCAAAUAGGAGAUCAUAUACCAUCAUGAUUCAUGAAAACUUUGAGAAAGGGAGAGUAAAGGAUGCCGUGCGCUAUUUAGAGGAGAUGAUAUCAAAGGGAAUGGUGCUAGAGCCAAGGACGGAUAAGCUAGUAAGUUCCAUGAACAUUCGGUUGAAGGGGAGGACAAAAAAACAUGAGGAUGUUGAAGGGGGGAGAACUAGUCUUUGA